GAUAAAAGGUUUAAAAAUCAUAUACUUGAGUACCAAUGUAUUUCAUUUACAGUUAAGAGUCCAAUAAAUAAAAGGGUUUCAUGAUUUAGAGUUCAUUUACUGUGCAGAAGCAAUAUGUUGGGGUGUAACCUAAGUUUGUUUACCCAUCUAAUGUCAGUUAUCUUAAUGUUAUAUUGCCAUUGGUUGUUGUGCUGAUGAGCCAGUCAAUGUCACUCUUCUCUGUUAUGGGGCGGGAUGAGUGGUAAAGGUUUGUGUGAAUCUGUGGGAGCGGACACAGAAGCUAAGUCCGAAGAGAGAGAUGUCGUAAGGCAAACGUGGUGUGGAUUUUGCAUCUAAGUGUAUCAUUGAGGUCGACUACCCGUGGUCCUGAUAUGACUUAUUUGUGAUCUGCAAGAGAAGCCGAGGGACGCUGUAGAAGGAGAGGGAGAGCGAGGUUUCUGCCCGGAUGGACCCUGCUGUUUUCUUGCCCCCUGACUGUCUUCACUACUGGUGAACUAACUGCUAACUGCCCGUUUCUGACUGACCCCACUAACAAACUCAUUGGACUCGUACUCGAGACCGUGGACCUGGAAGUAAGCGCCCGUGCUGCGUUGACGUCACCAAAGACAAUGUGAGUGCUGACGUGGUGGGGCAAACAUAUCGUGAGCAGGCUGCAAGGCAUCACUGUGUGAAGGCUAUAAUUUUUAACACAAAAGAUGGAAAACAACUUUGUGCUGAUCCAGACGCUCAGUGGGUCAAAGAUCUUUGAACACAAAAAAGGGACAACUUUGUGCUGCUCCAAAUGCUCAUCAUUUGCAAGAUGAGUGGAGUGUGUCCCACAAAGGCUCCAGUCCGUGAUGAAACAUUGAACCUCUUCUGCCACACCAGGAUCUGCUCAUACCCACAAAGCAAUCCCUCGGAUACUCAUCGUCGUGGACCUGGAAGUACACCACCGUGCUGCGUUGACGUCACCAAAGACAAUAUGAGCGCUGACGUGGUGGGGCAAACAUAUCGUGAGCUGGCUGCAAGGCAUCACUGUGUGAAGGCUAUAAUUUUCAACACAAAAAAUGGAGAACAACUUUGUGCUGAUCCAGACGCUCAGUGGGUCAAAGAUCUCACUGCCAAAAUGAGGAAGGUGUGAAGCCUGUCUGCUGCAUCAGUAUUUCCAGUAUUUCCAUCACCUUUAACCUCCUGAAAGACCUGAACUCUUUCAUGGCAUGCAUUUUUUAUUUCUCU